CUGCAGCAGCUGGCGUGGCUCGGUCUGCAGUGGGCGCUCAUGGGUCAAAGCGUGAGUCUGCAGGACUGGCUCAAGCAGCUCUUCCCUCGCCUCACGCUCGAGACCUCCAAACUGGACACCAACGCGCCGGAAUCCAUCUGCCUGCUGGACCUGGAGGUGUUCGUGUGCGGCGUGGUGUUCUGCAGUCAGGCGCAGCUGCAGGAGCGGGGGAAGAUGGCCUGCUCUCAGCCGCACGAGCCGCGCUGUCUGCCGCUGCACAUCAUGAAGCUGCUGUCGUCUGACAGACAGAGAGAGUGGUGGGAUGCUGUGUACAGCCUGAUUCACAAGAGAGCGCAGCCCGGGACGUCUGCUAAACUGCGUCUGCUCGUGCAGCACUGUCUGGGCACGCUGCGCGCCGGAGAGAAACACGGCCUGCAGCCGGCGCUGCUCAUACACUGGGCUAAACACCUGACUGACGCGGCUCAGCGGGUGAACUCCUACUACGAUCAGAAGGAGUAUGCUAGCCGCAGUGUGCACUACUGGAGGGUUGUGCUCCCCCUGCUGGAGAAGGUCCAACACAAACGCAGCAUCCCUGAACCCCUGCAGCCCAUGUUCAUGCACUUUCAGAGCAGAGACAUACAGCCCUCUCAGGUGCGAGUGUAUGAGGAAGAUGCGGUCAUAAGCUUCGCCACACUCCUUGACAUCGAGGGCAACACAGAGGAGGCCAUCGUGAAGCUGGAGCAGCUCAACAGCGUCUCGUCUAACUGGCAUCUGGCGAAGAUCUAUCAGAGGCUGUCGGAGGAGGCAGGGAACGGGCUUGAGGAAACUCAGGGCAGGUGCACCAGCUUCCUCCUGAAGUUCAGGAAAUACUUGGCCAAGAUUUAUCAGGCCAAUGCAGAGGAUAUGGAGAAGUUACCGGUGUCUAUGGAGGAGGUGAUGGAUUUGUUGAAUGAGGUCAGCCAGCAGCUUGAAGAUGUUGGUGAGAUGUGUGAAGAUCAGGUGGACUAUCCUGUGACAUCCAGCCCCGGGCAGCCCGCUGAAGGCCAUGUCAAAUUCUCCACUCCUUCCCCAUCCAAGAGUGUGACGUCUCCGUCCAAAAGAUCUGUGUUCUCCCCCAAAACACCUCCUCACUGGGUGGAGGACCAGAAGUCACUGCUGCAGAUGUUAUGCCAGCAGGUCGAGGCCUUGAAGAAUGAGGUUCAUGACCUGCGCCAUAACUCUUCAGAUGCCACGGCAUCCUCGUAUAGGAUGCAUAGAGACAAUUAUGCUGCAGAAGGACUUCAGGAAACAUUUCCUGCGGCGCAGACACUCCACGGUGUUCCUCUCACUGUUGCUACUACAGGUCCCUCUGUGUACUAUAACCAGUCUCCAGCAUAUAAUUCACAGUAUCUUCUGCACACCGCUGCGAAUGUCACACCAACAAAGGGCCCAGUAUAUGGGAUGAAUCGUCUUCCUCCUCAGCAGCAUAUGUAUUCCUACCAACAAUCAACACACACCCCACCUCUCCAGUCAACACCCGCAUGCAUGUAUCCUCAAGAGCAGGUCUUCGGUCCUCCCAUCCACUUUGAGUCACCAGCUACAUCCUUACUCUCCCCAUACAGUGAGGAGUAUUACGGUCAUAAUGUUCCUCAGCCCACAGUCAAUCCAACAUUGCCAGAGCCUGGAUAUUUCACUAAGCCAUGUGCUGUUACAUCCACACAGCCAUCCAGGAGCACUGAAAGCAAGGCUGUCGACCCCAAGAUGAGUUUUGGGCCGCAGUUCACAGGUGAACCUGCUAAGGUUCCCAACUUUGGAGCAGUAGCUGCCGGCCUAACAACAACAGCAUCAACUGCGUUCAAGUUCAAAUCCAAUUUCAAGUCCAAUGAUGGCGAUUUCACCUUCUCCUCUGCUCAGGGGAAAAAUAGUGAAAGCCUCUUGGGACUUCUGACAUCAGAUAUUCCUCCCAAAGUGGAGGUGCCGUCAGAAACAAAACAUCAGACCCAAGACCAGCUGCCUAGCCAGAGCGGAGUCUUUACCUUUGGAAGUAAAAGUGCAGCAGGAUUUUCAUUCACUGAUGGUGCUCAGAGCAAGAUGAGUAUUUUUGGCAAUGCUGACCAAAGAUGUAGUUUUACAAGUGGAACCAAGCCAACAUUAGGGAAUUCAGAGGCUCGGGAAGAGAAGAGUGGGGCGAGUGACAAUGAUAGCACCCAUGUGGAAGAGGAAGAGGAUGGGCCUCAUUUUGAGCCCAUUGUGCCUCUACCUGAUAAGGUCGACGUGAAAACUGGUGAGGAGGAGGAAGAGGAGAUGUUCUGCAAGAGAGCAAAACUCUUCCGAUUUGAUUCGGAGUCUAAAGAAUGGAAAGAGAGGGGCAUUGGCAGUAUCAAAAUCCUGAAGCACAAAACCUCCGGGAAAGUUCGUCUGUUGAUGAGGAGGGAGCAGGUUCUGAAAAUCUGCGUCAAUCACUAUAUCACUGCCGACAUGGCCCUCAAACCAAAUGCUGGAUCUGACAAAUCCUGGGUGUGGUACGCUAUGGACUAUGCAGAUGAAAUGCCGAAGACUGAGCAGUUGGCCAUUCGUUUUAAAACAGCAGACGAGGCGGCACUGUUUAAAGUUAAAUUUGAGGAGGCUCAAAAAUUCCUUUCGGAAUCCCCACAAGGCCAACAGACUGAAAUGAAAUGCGAAACUCCACAGCCUCAGGUUUCAUCCAAAGAAGUGGAUCUCAAAACACUGUUUUCCAAGAAGGUGGGUGAAUGGGACUGUGACGUGUGCUGUGUAAGAAACGCUCCCACGUCUGCGGUAUGUGUGGCCUGCAGCAGUGCAGCUCCUUCUACAGCACAGGUCAAACCUGUAGAGGAACCCAAAGGCUCUGCCCCUGCGGCUCCUCCUGCCAAAUUGUUUUCUUUUGGACUUUCUGGAGAUUCCGCUAAAAGCGUCACCAGCACUGAUGUCAGCUCAAAGGGCUUCACAUUUGGAUCUCAAGUACCAGUUUCUUUUAAGUUUGGAUCGAAGGAUGCUGCCGUCACAUCUGCUGACUUUGUAGCUCAGGCUGAGAAGAAAACAAUUCAGUCUGAUGCACCACAACAAGAGAAAGCGUCAGCAGCUCCAGCAGUCCCAUCUGGCACUGGAUUUGGUGCUCAGUUUGCCAAGAAAGAGGGUCAGUGGGACUGUGACUCCUGCCUAGUGAGGAAUGAUGCCUCAGCAGCUGAAUGCGUUUCUUGCAAAGCCCCCUACAGCACUGAAAAAAGUAAAGCAACAUCACAAGGUGGGCUAGCUGCCAUGUUUGGUAAAAAAGAUGGACAGUGGGACUGUGACACUUGCCUGGUAAGAAACGAAGGUUCGUCCAGCCAUUGUGUUUCAUGUCAGACAGCAAACCCAAAUAUGAAAAACAAGACCUCUGCUGCACCAUCAAGUUCCUCUUUUUCCUUCAGUUUUGGUAGUUCUAGCAGCCAACCUGCUGCGACAGGAUUUAAAGCCAACUUCAAUCCAGGCACUGCUUCCUUUCAGUUCGGCACAAGUCAGGAUAAAGCAUCCUCAGAAGGCUUCAAGUUUGAGUCCUCCACAACUGAGGCUGAAAAGUCAUCAGGCAGUUCAAGUUUUCCCUUUUCCAUGUCGGCGCCUGUUGGCGGAUUUAAGUUUGGCAUUGCAGAAUCUGAGGCAAAACCAUCAGAUGAACAGUCCCAAACUGGAUCUGCGUCUGACCUCCUCAAAAAUAUUGCUGAGCUUCACAAAGAGAAAGAGGCAGCCCCAAGUUCCUCAGAACAGUCUGUAGAUGCUGAUAGUCACGAUAAUAAUCCCCUCUUUACUGGAAAGCCUGACACCUUUAGUUUCACUGACUUGGCAAAGUCACAAGGCAGUUUUCAGUUUGGCCAGAAUGAUCCCGCUUUCAAAGGCUUUGCAGGGGCUGGCGAGCAGCUCUUUACAGGAGUUCAUUCCAGCUCCAAGGCCGACACCUCUGUCGAUCAAGAUGAUGAAAUGUACAAAACCGAGGAGAAUGACGAUAUUCAGUUUGAGCCCGUUGUUCAGAUGCCGGAGAAGGUCGACCUUGUUACAGGGGAAGAAGAUGAGAAAGUCUUGUAUUCACACCGUGUCAAACUCUUCAGAUUUGAUACGGAAACAAACCAAUGGAAAGAGAGAGGAGUCGGCAACCUUAAACUGCUCAAGAAUAAUCAGAACGGGAGACUUCGAGUUCUUAUGAGGAGAGAGCAGGUGUUUAAAGUGUGUGCUAAUCAUUGGAUCACAACCACAAUGAACUUAAAGCCCCUCUCUGGCUCGGAUCGAGCCUGGAUGUGGAUAGCCAGUGACUUCUCAGAUGGAGAUGCCAAAUUAGAACAACUUGCUGCAAAAUUCAAAACGCCAGAGCUUGCAGAAGAGUUCAAGUUUAAAUUCGAGGAGUGUCAGCGACUGCUUUUGGACAUUCCUUUGCAGACGCCUCACAAGCUCGUGAACACUGGCAGAACGGCCCAGCUUAUACAGAAAGCUGAAGAAAUGAAAUCUGGGCUUAAGGACCUCAAAUCAUUCUUGACUUGCCAAAACAAGGAUGACGAAAGUGCCGAUACGAGUCAUAAUGCCUCUGCAGUUGUAGUCAAGCUCGACUCUGAAAGCUCCAUACCCACUUUAGAAUGGGAUAAUUAUGAUUUGCGAGAGGAAACGCAUGAGGACUGUGCCAGCUCCUCUGUGUGCAGUACUCCUUUGCAGCCAGAUCCAGUAGCUAAAAAUUUAUUCUGCUUUGGCGAAUCGUCCACAGGCUUCAGUUUCAGUUUUCAGCCUAUUCUCAGUCCCUCUAAGUCUCCAUCUAAGCUAAACCAGAGCCAGGCUUCUGUUGGCACAGAUGAUGAGCAAGAGGCGUCGCAGGAGGAAGAGCGAGAUGGUCAGUACUUCGAGCCUGUUGUGCCACUGCCUGAUCUUGUUGAAGUCUCAACAGGAGAGGAGAACGAGCAAGUCCUUUUCAGUCACCGGGCCAAAUUAUACCGCUAUGAUAAAGAUCUCAGUCAGUGGAAGGAACGAGGUAUAGGAGACCUUAAAAUACUACAACACUUCGAAACAAAGCGUGUCAGACUCGUGAUGAGACGGGACCAGGUCCUCAAACUGUGUGCAAACCAUUGGAUUGCUUCCAAUAUGAAGCUCGAGCCCAUGAAAGGAGCCGAGAAAGCGUGGAUCUGGAGUGCCUUUGAUUUUGCUGAAGAGCAGGGCACGGUGGAACAGCUGGCGGUUCGAUUUAAACUGCAGGAAACUGCAGAUGCUUUCAAAGAAAUCUUCGAAGAGGCGAGGACUGCACAGGAAAAAGACACUCUACUCGCCCCGUUUUCUGCGAGAGUACCUGCCUUCACUCAAGAGACGCUUUGUGGCCAGGCUGCAGUUGCUGUACUUGAGGAAACCACAAAAGAACGUACCGGACUCUCUGAGGAAGACAAUCCUAAACCGGAUGGGACACCAGGGGCAAAGCUUGGCGCUCAAAGCAGCAAGAAUGUGGUUUCUCCUCCUAAGUUUGUCUUUGGGUCAGACUCUGUGCAGAAGAUCUUUGGAAGCCCUUCGCCAUCAAAAGAAAAAUCUCCUGUUGUGAUUCCCAGUUCAGAAGAUGAGGAAGUAAGUGCCUCGAGACUGAAAACCUCUGGACCAGCAGUGACCAGCCAGUCAUCGGUUGGGACUCCUUUCAGCAUACCAACAAGAAGUUUGGAUUUUAGGCUUUUCAGACAUAAUCCUAUGGCUUUUUGGACCUGCGCAUCAGCCACCCAGUUUGAAGCCCAAGUUUCCUCUCCGUCAGAGCAGAAGAGCGCUCCGGACGAGUGUGAUGAUGAUGAUGAUGAUGUUGAGAUGGUAUUUGUGCUGAAGCCCACGAGAGAGCAAGCAGAGCUGGCAGCCAGACUGAUGCUUCCUCAUACCUUCUUCUGUUAUAAAAACCGUCCAGGAUACGUCAGCGACGAUGACCGCGAUGAUGAGGAUUUUGAGAGCGCAGUGAGGAGUCUGAAGGGGAAGCUGUGUGCGGAUGGAGCCGAUGGAGCGUCUGAUCACGACUCGGAGGUCAGUCUGGUGUGGGAGAAGCGGCCAACUGCAGACGAGGAGCAGCGAGCCAGACGCCUCCUGCUGUCUCCCACCAUCCUGUGCAGCGUCAGCAGCGACUCUGAGCCGGAGGCAGAGAACCCAGACGACUUCAGCACUAAGCUCCAGAAGCUGCAGCAGCAGACACAGGUGACGAGUGUUUCUGAUCUUCACAUCGCCGUGAGCACAGCACCCAAGCCUUCCCAUGAUGCAGCAGCUGUGGACACGAGCAGCGGCGGAGCAGAAGAGCGUCAGACUGACGGCAGCCGUCCCAUCGACCUCUCCACCAAGAGAAGCAGUGAGAGCGACAGCACAGCUACAGGUCUCUCUUUUGGAUUUGAAUCUGCGGGUGAGGUUUCAUUUGCAGAACUGGCAAAGGGUUCAGGUGAAUUAGCAUUUUGCAAAAGAGAUGAUGAUUUCUCAUGGUCAGGCGCAGGAGCCACAGUCUUUGGAAGCACAGCGACACAAAAUGAAGGAGAAAAGGCUCGCAGUGAAGCAGAAGAGGAGGGCAGUGAUGAAGAGACGACUCAUAAUGAGGAGAUCCACUUUGAGCCGAUCGUGUCUCUGCCUGAGGUGGAGGUGAGGUCUGGUGAGGAGGACGAGGAGAUCCUGUUCAGAGAAAGAGCCAAACUGUACCGCUGGGACCGCAAGCUCAACCAGUGGAAGGAGCGCGGCGUGGGAGACCUCAAGAUCCUCUUCCACCCGCUGAAGAAGAGCUACCGCCUGCUGAUGAGACGCGAGCAGGUGCUCAGAGUCUGCGCCAACCACAGCAUCAGCCCGAGCAUCGAGCUCAAGCCCAUGAACACCUCGGCUAACUCUCUGGUGUGGACCGCCACCGACUACUCAGAGGGAGACGGGAAAGUGGAGCAGCUGGCGGCCAAGUUCAAGACUCCAGAGCUGGCGGAGUCCUUCACACGAGCCUUCACAGACUGCCAGAGCCGCAUGUCUCAGACUGACGCCGCUCAGACGUCUGCCGCCGAGGCGCUGUCUCGAGACUCCAACCCUGUGGUGUUCUUCGACAUCACCGUAGAUGACGAGCGUGCUGGGAGAGUCGUCAUGGAGCUCUUCGCUCACAUCCUGCCCAGAACGGCGGAGAACUUCCGGGCUCUGUGUACGGGAGAGAUGGGCUUCGGUUACCGGGAGUCCAUCUUCCACAGGAUCAUCCCGGACUUCAUGUGUCAGGGCGGUGAUAUCACCAGCCAGGAUGGGACGGGAGGGAAGUCCAUCUACGGAGCGAAGUUUGAGGACGAGAGCUUCGAGGUGAGGCACACGGGGCCGGGGCUGCUGUCCAUGGCCAACCGCGGCAGAGACGCCAACAACUCACAGUUCUUCAUCACCCUCAAGAAAGCAGAGCACUUGGACUUCAAGCACGUGGCCUUCGGAUUCGUCAAAGACGGCAUGGAUGUGGUGAGGAGAAUCGGAGAGCUGGGCGCUAAAGACGGGAAACCCACGGAAACCAUCACCAUCUCAGACUGUGGGCAGAUGUUUUGAGCUGUUCUACACAAACUACCGUUCAUCAUGUUUGAGACCGUGUUCCCUGAACUCUUGUGUAAAUCAGAACUUGUAUAUGCAGUGGUUUUAUUCUUGUCCUGUUUGUAUUUUAAUAAAGUGGACAGCACUAGUUGACAAUAAAAUU